AUGUUCCCAUCAAGCAUUGGGAGCCCAGCAAUGAAGUGGUUCCAUCAGCUUUCAGAAAACUCAAUGUCGUCAUGGAAUGAGUUGGCACGGAUCUUCAUGGCAAGGUUCAUAGCAAACAAUAGAGAUCUGACAACUUUGGAUACUACACCUGAGGAAACGAGAGUCUCUCAGAGCCUAUGCGCCAACCUUGACUAUGGCUCCACCAAGAAAUAUGACUACAUUGUAGGAAAGGAUAAAGCAGAAGGAUCCAAGAGGAAGGAUAACAGAAAGGCUGACAAAGGCGAAGGAGGACGGGAGAAGGAGUCAUCCAAGGCUCCAAAUCCUAAUUCAUACAAAGCGAUGAGAACAAUAUUUAAAGACCCCAUGUACCAAAUCCUACCUCAGAUUGUUAACAAGCUGUUCUUUAGGAGACCAAAUAAGAUGGCCGGGGAUCCAUCGACUCGGAACCAAUCCAAAUGA